GGGAUCAGCGCAUGCGCAAAAUGUAUAAAUAGUUAGUCAAAUGAAAAUCCAAGAUGAGAGCCAUACCGACCUGGGUGGAUAAAGUCCAGGAUAGGGACAGAGUUGAACAAUGUAUUCAUGAUCUUGCAUUCAAGCCUGAUGGAACCCAACUUAUUGUUGCUGCUGGUAAUAGAGUACUGGUUUAUGACACUAAUGAUGGCACACUUAUGCAGCCUUUGAAGGGUCAUAAAGAUACUGUCUAUUGUGUGGCAUACGCCAAGGAUGGUAAAAGAUUUGCUUCGGGAUCAGCGGACAAGACAGUCAUCAUCUGGACGUCAAAACUAGAAGGAAUAUUGAAAUAUACUCACAAUGAUGCCAUUCAAUGUCUUGGGUUCAAUCCAAUCACACAUCAGCUGGCUAGUUGUGCUUUCAGUGAUUUUGGAUUAUGGUCCAUGGAGCAAAAAUCUGUUUCCAAACACAAAGUGACAAGUCGUAUUACAUGUUGUUCUUGGACUAACGAUGGUCAGUACCUAGCUCUAGGACUGUAUAAUGGAUGUAUCACUAUCAGGACUAAGAAUGGUGAAGAGAAGCACAAAAUUGAGAGACCUAAUGGUGGUCUUAGUCCUAUAUGGAGCUUACAGUGGAAUCCUUCUAAAGAUGAAUCUGUUGAUACCCUUGCAGUCCUUGAUUGGGGUCAGAAGUUAUCUUUCUACAAUCUCAGUGGAAAACAGAUCGGUAAAGAACGUAAUUUAGGUUAUGAUCCAUGCUGUCUGAGUUACUUCUCUAGAGGAGAAUACCUCAUCAUUGGAGGAGCUAACAAACAGGUUACACUUCAUACUAAAGAUGGAGUUCAGUUAGGAGUGGUUGGUGAACAGAACUCUUGGGUAUGGUGUGCUAAGGUUAGACCAGAUCAGAAUCAUGUGGCUGUUGGAUGUCAGGAUGGGACCAUAGCUCAUUAUCAACUCAUCUUCAGUACAGUACAUGGUCUGUAUAGAGAUCGGUAUGCCUUCAGGGAAAACAUGACUGAUAUCAUCAUACAACAUCUUCUUACUGAUCAGAAGGUCCGCAUUAAAUGUCGUGAUCUCGUCAAGAAGAUUGCCAUCUUCAAGAAUCGUCUUGCUGUCCAAUUAUCUGACAGGAUUGUUGUAUAUGAGCAGUAUUCUGAUGAUGCAUCUGAUAUGCACUACAGAGUUAAAGAGAAGAUUAAUAAGAAGUUUGACUGUAAUCUUCUUGUGGUUUGUGCUGAACACAUUAUCCUCUGUCAGGAACGUCGUCUUACCAGUUUAACCUUCUCUGGUGUGAAGGACAGAGAAUGGGUAAUGGAGGCCUUGAUCAGGUAUAUCAAAGUGAUUGGUGGCGCUGAAGGUAGAGAGGGUCUACUGGUUGGUCUUAAGAAUGGACAGAUCUUCAAGGUUUUUGUGGACAAUCCUUUCCCUAUCUUGAUCCUGAAACAACAAACAUCAGUUAGAUGUCUUGAUAUCAGCUCAUCAAGGAAAAAACUUGCUGUGGUUGAUGAACAUAAUACCUGCAUGGUCUAUGAUAUCAAUACAAAGGAACUACUCUUUCAGGAACCCAAUGCCAACAGUGUAGCAUGGAAUACUCAAUAUGAAGACAUGCUCUGUUUCUCUGGGAAUGGUACUCUCAACAUCAAAGCCAGUACAUUCCCUGUCAAGCAACAAAAACUACAAGGUUUUGUGGUAGGAUUCACCGGAUCCAAGAUCUUCUGUUUACAUAUCUAUGCCAUGACAACGGUAGAGGUUCCACAGUCAUCUGGGAUGUAUCAGUAUCUAGAACGCAAACAAUUCAAGGAUGCGUACAAAGUAGCUUGCCUUGGAGUAACUGUCAAGGAUUGGACAGCUCUAGCUCAUGAAGCCAUUCAAGGUCUGGAUUUUGAUACUGCCAAGAAAGCCUUCACUCGUGUCAGAGACUUACGCUAUCUGGAAUUAAUACAUAGCAUAGAGGAGCGGAAGCGUCGUGGGGAGGUGGAUGAUCAGUUGUUCUUAGCAGAUAUAUAUGCAUAUCAAGGCAAGUUUGGUGAAGCAGCUAAACUAUACAAAAGAGCUGGCCAAGAACAGAGAGCAAUGAAUAUGUACACAGAUCUACGCAUGUUUGAUCAUGCUAAGGAAUUCAUUGGUUCUGGAGAUCCACUAGACAAGAAACUGCUUAUUACUAAACAAGCUGACUGGGCAAAGAAUAUCAAUGAACCUCGAGCUGCUGCUGAGAUGUAUUUAUCUGCUGGUGAACAUCUCAAGGCUAUAGAGAUCAUUGGAGAUCAUGGAUGGGCUGAUAUGCUCAUUGAUGUAGCUCGUAAAUUAGAUAAGGCAGAGAGGGAGCCUCUUGGGAAGUGUGCUCAGUACUUCAAGAAGAUGGAACAGUUUGCAUAUGCUGCUGAGACUUACACCAAGAUGGGAGAUACUAAGAACCUUGUCUUGCUUCAUGUUGAGUCUCGUCACUGGGAUGCUGCCUUUGGUCUCGUGGAAAAACAUCCAGAGUUCAAGGAUGACGUAUAUGUCCCCUAUGCCCAGUGGCUUGCAGAGAAUGACAGGUUUGAGGAGGCCCAGAGAGCAUUCCAUAAGGCAGGUCGACAAGAUGAGGCUGUUAGGGUGUUAGAACAACUUACCCACAAUGCAGUUCUGGAGAGUCGUUUUAAUGAUGCUGGAUACUACUUCUGGAUGCUUUCAAUGCAGUGUUUGGAUAUAGCAGGUGCUGACAUAGACAAGAGAAGAGACAUGUUACUAAAAUUCCAGGAAUUUCAAGCUAAAGCUGAAAUGUACUAUGUGUAUCAUUCUAUCCAACGUUACACCGAUGAACCAUUCACAUCUCAUCUUCCUGAUGCACUCUUUAAUAUGUCAAGAUACCUUUGGCAUGCUAUUCUCAAUGAUAUUCCACAUGGAAUUAGCAAAGUGAACACACUGUAUGCCUUGGCUAAACAGAGUCGUAACCUUGGAGCCUUCAAGCUAGCUAGGUUUGCCUUUGAGAAGCUACAGUCAUUGAGGAUUCCUGCUCGGUUCCAAGAAUCUAUUGAUCUUGGUAGUAUCACUAUUAGGUCAAAACCAUUCCAUGAUGCUGAGGAUGUCUUACCAAUGUGUUAUCGUUGUUCUACAACCAACCCUCUACUCAACAACCAAGGCAAUCGAUGUAUCAAUUGCAGUCAACCCUUUGUCCACUCAUUUGUAUCUUUUGAGGUGCUCCCUCUAGUAGAGUUCCACCUGGAGGAAGGGAUCCCUGAUGAGGAGGCUGUCCAGCUGAUCCAGAUGGAGCCACCAAGGAAUGGUCGUAGUGGUGGAGAUAAAUGGAGUGAAUCAAACAAAGGCAAUGUACAAUCUAUGAGACUAGAUGAAUACGGUGGAGAUGAUUCAGAUGUUCAAGAAGAUCCCUUCACAGCUAGACUCCUUAGCUUUGAGCAAGGAGGAAAUGAGUUUGUUCCAGUGGUGGUUAACCGAACGGUCUUAAAGUCUCUUGAUCGUAGUCAUGUAGUGAUCAAAAGAUGGUCAGCUCCACUUCGUUAUCAAUACUUCAAGUCUAUUAUGCCUGAUGUAUCGGUCAUUGUAUGUCCUUCAUGUAAUCAGUUGUUUCACACUGAUGAAUAUGAGAUUCAAGUCCUACAGAAGAAUCACUGUCCAUUCUGCCGCAAAGCUGUCUCUGAAGCAUCAGAAUCAUGAGACUAAUCACCCAACUCCCUACGUAAUGUAGGGUGGUGAUAUCAUCAAAGAAAAUAGUCAACCUUUUUGUAUGUCUGACCCCCAUUCACUCUAUGAGAUAAUCAAACCAUGGUAAUGUGAGAGCACUACACCAUUUCAUAUAAAGCACAAAGCAGAGAUAAUUAAUUUCAGGAAGGACCCACAUAUAGGGGGUGGGAUGUACAUACUGCAUGGAAUUACCUUCCAGUUAACUGUUUUAAAUCACUACUUUAGAUUGGUUUAGGUAAGGGAUGGACUGUAAACUGAUUUAGAUCACUGGUUUAGAUUGGUUUAUAGAGGGAUUGGACUGUAAAUUGCUUCAAAUCACUGGUUUAGAUUGGUUUAUAGAAGGGAUGGACUGCAAACUGAUUUAAAUCACUGGUUUAGAUUGGUUUAUAGAAGGGAUGGACUGUAAACUGCUUCAAAUCACUGGUUUAGAUUGGUUUAUAGAAGGGAUGGACUGCAAACUGAUUUAAAUCACUGAUUAAGAUUGGUUUAGAGAAGAGAUGGACUGUAAACUGCUUUAAAUCACUGGUUUAGAUUGGGUUAUAGAAGGGAUGGACUGUAAACUGCUUUAACCAUUAGUAAACUGGGGGUGGGUCAAUUUGACCCCCCCUUGACAAAUUUUGUCACUACGCUGUCGGGCAAAUUUUUUUGACCUCGCCGCUCGCUUACUUUUUACUUUAAAGUCUUGCGCAUCUUUUGAGACCAAUUUGCGAAGCCCUGGUGCACGGUUCCAAAAUUGCAUGGCUACUUGAUAAAGUCGUUAUAUUUUGCCUAACUAAUACAUGCAUUAUUUGAUUGCUACAUCUUUCAUUCAGCUGUCAAACAUAACACUCAUUUUCUUUCAUGUAUUUAUUUCUAUUGUGUCUGAGUUUAAACUUAUUUUCUUGAGCUUUGAACUUCCUAAAUAUUUUUUUUUUUUUCAAUUUUAUUUUUUAAAGAGAAGAUGGAAAGGGGUGAAUUUUUAAAAUUCUUUUGUUUUAGAAUGAAAUGCUACCAUGAUGUAAUCAAUAUACUUCAAUCAUGAUCUUUUUAGUUGGGUCAAUCCAUAUCGUCUAUAUGUAAAACAUGUAAUAUUUAACUAGAGAUUGAAUGGUCCUUUUCAGGACCAACACUUGCCCAAGAAAGAUACAUGGUGUACCAUGAAACCUGCUACACUAUCCUUCUUUGCCAUGGAAACCUUCAGAAGUUAUAUUGAAUGUAAUAUUUUAUCACCUGACUUCACAAUUAUGUAUUUAAAAUAGGGCAUACCUUGAACACUUUAUGUUAAUUUUCUGGUUGAAUUCAUUACCUUUUGAACACCACUGUAUACAGUAGUGAUGUUGUUCCAAAAAAUUUGACUUCAGCGAUGCCUUGGGUUUUUUUUUUAACAAACAUUGUAAACUUGUGUGUCUUUUAAAGCCUUUAGAAGAAAUUUUAGUACUUCCUAAACUUGCUUUAAAAUGCAUCUAACAAAAGAUGUUGUUUUAUGGAAACUAGUUUUUCUUGGAAUAUGUAUAUUGCAGGAAAGGUAAAAUUUCAGUUUUCCACCUAAAUUGACUUUUCAAGCCUUUAAACAUUACUCAUAUUCUCAAUCAUAAAUGUGUGUGAUUUAUAUAUUGUGAGAAAGCAUUGUAUUUGUGACCAUUUAUUUUGAAUCAAAGUGAAAUACUGUUGCUGAAUUUCCGAUAUCUUUUGUGUGAAGGUACAUAUUUUGUUAUCUAUUAAAGUACCCUUUGAACUUGAAUCCAAUAUUUUAUCAUACUGAUCCAGUCUGUGUAUAUUGAUAGGGAAACAAUGUGGACAAAGACAUACUGUAAUUUGUUUGAAGGAUUAAUUUAAGAUGACUAAUGAAAAAAAAUUAAAGGAAAUUUUCUGAUGAUUAUCUUUACCUUAUGUAUUUUGAUGUGAUCAGAGUGAGAUAAUUUCAGUAAUAAAAAUCCAGUGCUUGUGUGAAUAACACAUAAAUUUGCUUAUGUAAAUUAUUUAAUUAAAUUUAUAUUGACAUUAAUAACUGUCAAAAGCAAGACUUCAUUUACCUGUGCAAGGUGUUGGGGAUAUGUUUAUUAAAUUAUUUAAUAAAUUGCUUAUGAAAUAUCAUUAAACAUUUUUUUUAUUGAAUGUAGGUGUAUAAAUAUAAUCUUUAGUAAUAUCUAAAGAAAUCAAAUGUCAUUCUUUAUUAGUGAACAUACCAUCUAAAAGUCACAUAGAAAACCUUUGGUUUUUUUUUAAGUCACUUAUUUUUUAGCUCUCAUUUCAAAUGCAAUUUUUUUCUAGCAGGUUAAUGUGAGCAUUAAUGUGGAGAAUGAUUAUUGUACAUUUUGACAAUAGCAUAUCUGUAAGUAAAAUUGAGUGUAUUCAUUUGUAAAUAUAACUUGUGAAUGUUAGCAAAUUCCUAUUUAUGAUAAAAGUUGUAAAAUAAAAGAUUUUUCUUCA